AUGGCAGCCAGCGCAGCAACGGAGUCAUUCAUCACCACCGCCCAGCUGUUGUCCGCCAGCAUCGGGCGCCUUAAGCCGACCCUCAUGGCCAUCAUGGCGGACUCAACCAAGACAUUUCGCCCCUCGCCAGUAUGGUGCGAGCUGCUUGCCGUCAGCUUGCUCAUGAGGAGGGGGGCUUUCGUCCUUGGAUAUGGGCAAUAG